GACCGGCGAUCAAGCGGCAGGCAUUGACACACACUUGAGUGUUCCGUGUCGCGCAUCUACGUUGCACACAAGCUCUCCGACCGAAUCGGUGUGUCACGUGAAGAUCUCUCAUGUGAUCCUCCCUGAUCCCGACGGUCCCGACGAUUUCGCACGGCUUCGCACGUUCCUCGGCUUCCUCGGCCCGCGAGUUUCGACAGGUCACAAGCGGACGAUCGGGAAGGAAGAAAGAUGGCAGCGGCCAUCAUACCUGUAUUGGCUUUCACGAUCAUUUGGGGCAUCGUGGGAAUAGGAUUGCCAUUCUUCAUUCCUAAGGGGCCGAACCGCGGGAUACUUCAAGUGAUACUGGUGAUGACAGCUUUCACAUGCUGGUUGUUUUGGCUGUGCUGCUACAUGGCGCAGAUGAAUCCAUUAAUCGGGCCCAAACUGGACGGCGCAACAAUACGGAUUAUGGCACGAGAAUGGGGUAACGGCAUCAAGGAAGGAUAACCAGAUAUCGUAGCCAUGGAAGCAUUUAAUUUUAAAUAUGUAUACAUCCAUUCUCUCUCUGACAUGUGUGUACGCGUAAUUAAUGUUUUUGAUUAAGCUAUAUAGUUCGAGAGAAAAGAAGAAAGGAAAUGUCGGUACAUUGAUAAUUUGUAUGAUAAGAGCGUAUAUAAUCUGAACUCUAUCUCCACGAACCAUGAUUCUUCAAAGCAACUAUAUACUAAACAACUUGCGUACAAAACGUUUGUCAACAUUCGAGAUGCUCGCAUAUCAAUGUAAUAAUUACUUUUAGCUUUGUUGUGUUACAUGCGCAUAUGUUAUGUAUAAAGUAAUAUUUAUUAAUGUACUACGUCACAUACGGUAUGGUAAUAAUAAUAUCAUAUUAUUAUA